UAAAGUCAUUCACUUCGAACGACGAUUUAUUUAUUUUUUAUUUUUUUAUCCCCCCCCCGGAUCAAAGCACUCGUUUUGGGUAUUUUAAAACCAAGAGGUGCGUAAAACCCGCGAAGGGAAACGGCGGAGGAGAUGCGCGCUCCCCGCUGUCUCUUUAACGGCCGCACCUGCGCAGCUGCCCGGUGCUGAUGCUGCAGUGGCCGGGUUAUUUUCGGUAAAUCAGACGAGGUUACUCGCGUUCAAGUGGGAUCCAACAUGUCUGACAUCACCCCAAGGGAGGGCAUCAAUAUCUUUUUGAGCCAAUCACACCACGUUCCCCGCCGGAUAACAGGAGCCCUUCAGAGGCAUCUCAUGCUAGCCAUUUCAUUUUACAAGCGUCAAACUCAAGGCCCCCGCAACCCCCACCCCCACGAGGUCAGAUCCGGUCGCCACAUCAUUUGAUGUGACCCGCAUAAAGCAAAUCGUGGGCGUCCAUUUCAAUUUUAGUGUUCCAAGACGGCGCAAAAUUGCAAAGACUAUGCGCUUUGAAUAGCGUUGAGAUGUUGUACGCUUCUUGGUUGUUACCAAACACUCUUUUUAUAUGAUACAUUGAGCAAAAGAUGAAGAAACUAUUUCAGACAUGACUACUUGUGUAGAAAUAUGGAAUCAGGUGCAUGUUUGGCAUACGCAGUAUUGGGGCCCUCAAAGAUUUGGAAUAUUAACCCUUUCAGGCACAGCGGUUACUACAGUGGACAGUUUCUCAUGUUAUCAGAUUACAGGGUGCAUGAUGUUUAUCAUCACUCAGAGCAGGGGCGUCAAACUUAUUUUUGUCGCGAGCCACAUUGUCGUUACAGUUUACCUUGCAGGGUCGUUAUGAAUUUUGGGAAAGCAUAGAAAUGUUUAAUCACCUCUGCAUAUUACAAUCCCGGCACACAACAAAUGGACAAAUAACUAGUUUUAAAAUCAGAAGUCAAGAAUAAUGACCGUGAUUGUAGAUUACGUAUGACAAAUUGAAAUUUUGGUUCAGACUUGAGAAGGCAUCAUCGAACUUGACGUGCUUGAUUUGCUUUCGCGGGUCACAUCAAAUGAUGUGGCGGGCCGGAUCUGGCCCCCGGGCCUCGACUUUGACACCUGUGAUUUAGAGAGUGCGAUAUGAAUAUUAAUCAUCAUUUAAUCUAGUUUGCCAUUUCCGCCACUUUAAUAUACUCACAUUUCUCUGCCUUCUUCAUCUCCUCUCUGCAUCCUCCUCGGCCACCUGUGAUUCAUUCAUUAAAAAAAUAAAAAUUCCAGAGGCACCAACAGGUUUGUAUUGCUACCUUACUCAAGAAUAAAGCCCAGUCGAACAUAGGGAGCAUUUGGUUUUUUUAUUCUUUUUUUUAUAACCACACUAUUUUAUUUAGCUGAAUAAGACUACAAAAUUAUUUUUUUUUAGAAACAGCUCUCAGUGACAGCAGGUGUAACCCUUUUAAAAAAAAAAAAACUAAAUACAGCCAACCAUUUGCUCUACUCUUAUCCUUAUCAUAAUCCUGAUUGCCUAACGACAUAUUUGCCCCGUGGGAAUAGGGUUUGCCUUUGUUCACUUUCCUUUGCAACCUUUUCACUGACAAAAGCGGGCGAUUCAUCAUCGACAUGACAAGAAAUAACUCAACUUUGCCAUCAAGAUUGAAAGUAAGCACUUUUAGAUACGGGGUGGUUAAAAGGUCAACAAAGGAUGUAUUUGCAAGGCCGUGUGUUUGCCGUCCACGUGAGGGCCGCCUAACCUUGACGUAUAAAUACAGUCGGAGCGACAGGGAGGGGAACGGUCAGACAAGAUGGCAUCAACGAGAACAACGCUCCUCUUCGUGGUCCUGCUGCUGUUUUCCAUUCAAGGGGCGCUCACGAUCAGAGGACAAGCCUCAGUUUCCAUUCAACUGUCUGUGAUAAACGACCUGUCCAACAUGAGCCCUGAGAACUAUUUCACGUCUGUGCUGAAGGGGGGGGUGCUGCUGGGCGCUUUGAGGAGAAUCCAGCAAACGCAGCCCGGCUUUGAGUUUACCGUGGCGGAGGACCCAAACUACGGCCUGUUUCUGGAGAGCGUGAACGGCGUAGCCGGAAGUGAGCAGGAUCAAACUUACUGGGAGAUUCUGUCAGAGAACUCGGAGCAAUACAAGAGGUUGAACGUGGGAAUUGGCUGCUACACGCCGGCCGAAAACGAACACAUUGUGCUGAGGUUCGCUACUCGGGCCAAAUAGUCGUUAGAGACCUUCAAGUCAUCCGAAACGUUUGAGAGAGAGAGAGAGAGAGAGAGAGAGAGAGAAAAUCUUUUUGUAUUUAUCGAUGACGCAAAAUUGAGAUAAACAGAAAACAGCACCGCCUGGUGGUUAACAUUGGUAACGUGCGAGCCAACGUACCGUAAGCAAUUCUAAACAGAUGACAAUGUCGGUGAUAUGUUUGAGGACAGCAAUUCAGCAGCAAUUCAGAUGCCUCAGCAGCUUUAAGGGUUGAUAUGUACAAAAAUGUCACGGAAAAUAAAGAUUCGGCAACGCAAACAA